UGAUAUUUAUUAAAUUAAAAUAAUCAUUAUCUAAAGUAAAGCUCCAAAAAUAAAAAUAAAUAAAAUAGAUGGCGGAAUCAAUUGGAGAGAUCGUAUGCGUGACAGGGGCGAGUGGCUACAUCGGCUCGUGGCUGGUUCGGCUUCUUCUUGACCGCGGUUACACCGUUAACGCCACUGUUAAAAAUCUCAAAGAUGAGAAGGAAACGAAGCAUCUAGAAGCGUUAGAAGGUGCGCAAUCGCGUCUCCGCCUUUUUCAAAUCGAUCUUCUCGACUACGACUCUAUCGUGGCUGCUGUAACUGGGACGUCCGGUGUCUUUCACUUGGCUUCUCCAUGCAUCGUUGAUAAAGUUCAUGAUCCCGAGAAAGAGUUAUUGGCACCAGCACUCAAGGGAACGCACAAUGUACUCAGAGCAGCAAAGGAGCUGGGAGUUAAGCGUGUGGUUGUUACUUCAUCUGUUUCAGCUGUUGUGCCUAGUCCUAACUGGCCCGCAGAUGUCCCAAAGAGUGAAGAUUGUUGGACUGAUGUUGAAUACUGUAAGCAAAAGGAGCUGUGGUAUCCACUCUCCAAAACGCAAGCUGAGAAAGCUGCAUGGGAAUUUGCAAAGGAGAACGGUUUAGAUGUAGUUGUAGUGAACCCUGGAACAGUUAUGGGCCCCAUUAUUCCGCCGACACUUAAUGCAAGCAUGCUAAUGAUUCUACGUCUCAUCCAAGGAUGUACUGAAACAUAUGAGAACUUCUACAUGGGUUCUGUUCAUGUUAAAGAUGUGGCUUUAGCUCAUAUAUUAGUGUACGAAAACAGAGCAGCAACGGGGCGUCAUCUCUGUGUUGAAGCAAUCUGCCACUACGGUGACUUGGCAGCCAAGGUUGCAGAGUUAUACCCUGAGUAUAAGAUCCCAAGGUUACCUAAAGACACCCAACCAGGGUUGAUGAGGUUUAAGAACGCAGCCAAAAAGCUUAUGGAUUUGGGUCUGGAGUUCAUCCCUAUGGAGGACAUCAUCAAGGACAGUGUUGAGAGUUUGAAAAGCAAAGGCUUUAUAUCUUGAAUGGGAUUUGCCCCUUUAGAGAUUGUUGGCUUAUAUUGUUGUACCUGUAAGUUAUAAGUUAUGACUUGUGUUUGGCAUGUGUCUUGCUAGUAAUUGUAUGCAUAAAAAUGAUGCAUGGGUUGGUACUUUAUAUAUGAAGUAUUGCUUUUUUAUUGCA